AUGCCCUUCGCUUCUUAUGGCCUCCACCACACCAGCCUCCUAAAGCGACACAUCUCUCAUCAGACAUCUGUGAAUGCAGACCCUGCCUCCCAUGAGAUCUGGAGGUCAGAAACUCUGCUUCAGGUUUUUGUUGAAAUGUGGCUUCAUCAUUAUUCCUUGGAGAUGUACCAAAAAAUGCAGUCCCCUCACGCCAAGCUGGAGGUUCUGCACUACCGACUCAGUGUCUCCAGCGCCCUCCACAGCCCUGCCCAACCCAGCCUCCAGGCCCUCCACGCCUACCAAGAGUCGUUCACACCCACGGAGGAGCACGUGUUGGUGGUGCGCCUGCUGCUAAAGCAUCUGCACGCCUUUUCCAACAGCCUGAAGCCUGAGCAGGUCUCUCCCUCCACCCACUCUCACGCCACCAGUCCCCUGGAGGAGUUCAAACGGGCCGCCGUCCCGAGGUUUGUCCAGCAGAAACUCUACCUUUUCCUGCAGCACUGCUUUGGCCACUGGCCCCUGGAUGCGUCCUUCAGAGCCGUCCUGGAGAUGUGGCUGAGCUACCUACAGCCCUGGAGGUAUGCACCUGAGAAGCAGGCUCAGAGCAGCGACUGCCAGGCCCGGUGUGUGUCGGAGAGAUGGGCACCCUUUGUGCAGGAGAAUCUGCUGAUGUACACCAAGCUUUUUGUGGGCUUCCUGAGCCGCGCGCUCCGCACCGACCUGGUCAGCCCCAAGAACGCGCUCAUGGUAUUCCGAGUGGCCAAAGUCUUUGCCCAGCCCAACCUGGCUGAAAUGAUCCAGAAAGGGGAACAGCUGUUCCUGGAGCCAGAACUCGUCAUCCCACACCGCCAGCACCGACUCUUCACAGCUCCCACUUUCACCGGCAGCUUCCUGUCCUCGUGGCCCCCAGCCGUCACAGACGCCUCCUUCAAGGUGAAGAGCCACGUUUACAGCCUGGAGGGCCAGGACUGCAAGUACACCCCAAUGUUUGGGCCCGAGGUCCGGACGCUGGUCUUGCGCCUGGCUCAGCUCAUCACGCAGGCCAAGCAGACUGCCAAGUCCAUCUCUGACCAGUGCGGGGAGAGCACGGCCGGCCGCCCCUUUCUGUCGUGGCUGGGCUUCUGCUCCACAGACACGAACGGCUCCUACUCAGCCAACGACCUGGACGAGAUGGGGCAGGACAGUGUCCGCAAGACAGACGAGUACCUGGAGAAGGCCCUGGAGUACCUGUGCCAGAUGUUCCGACUCAGCGAGGCUCAGCUCACCCAGCUCACGCUUGCCUUGGGGACAACUCAAGAUGAGAAUGGGAAGAAGCAGCUCCCAGACUGCGUCGUGGGGGAGGACGGGCUCAUCCUCACGCCCCUGGGCCGGUACCAGGUAAGGGCCACACCCCGGAGGGCUCCGCUCUCCUGGCGGCGUGGCCGUGGCUCCCGCUGGCCGAGCC